AUGGUUGAACUACAUCUGGACUCAUCCCCUCUUGGAGGUCAUACUAAUGAUAUUACAAAACCAUCAUCACCAUCUUUAAAUGAUCUUGAUCAUGAAUCAACCACUAAAUUAUCAUCUCCCUUAGUAUUAAAAUCAAAUAAUAAUACUAAAAUAGAUUCAACUAGUAUGGAUGAAGAUUUUUAUGAUACUGGUAGUAAUAUUUCUAUCACUGAUAAUGAUGAAACUAAAGUGGAUCCAAAAAUUAUUACCAAUAAUAAUAGUAAUAAUAAUAAUAAUGAUAAUCUCUUAUCAACCGCAUCUUCUAACAAUAUAAUACCAUUACAAUCAGAUCAAAAUGUCAUACCGCCAAAUAUUAAUCAUCAUCAUAGUAAUUCAACUUCAACCAAUAAUAAUAGUCCUUCUACUCCAAAUUCUUAUAAAGGCUCUCGAUCAGAAGCUUCAGAUAUGACCAAUGAUACUUCAACUACCUCAGUUGAUGAUGAUGAUGAAGAUCUUGAUCAUCAUACUCUUUUGAUUCCUCAAUCUCAUUCAAGUAAAACUAUUCAACAAGAAUUGAAUAAUUUACAUUCAACUUCAACUCCACCUUUAACUUCAACUCCCAUAACUAAUAUUAUUAAUAAUAAUAAUAAUAAUAAUACUGAAGAAGAUAUAAAUGAUAAUGAUGUGGUUGAUUCUACUGUCUCAACUAUAAAUAAUAUUCCUCUGCCUCGUCCUUUACCAACUCCUACUCAAGGAUCUAUGGCAUUACCCACUGAUUUAACUACUACCACUCGAGAUUCAAAUCUGAGAUCUUCAAUUGUACAACAACAACAACCCCAUUCAAGACCAAUUACUUCAAGAAGUACCACUUUCUUAGGUCGUUCUCAUACUUUUCAAAAUGCUCAAGAACAUACAAAAUCAGAAAUUAUUAGAACUAAAAAAUUAUUAACUGGAAAUAGACAUCCUUAUUAUGGAACUCAAAUUGAUAAAAGUCAUGUUAAUUAUGUUUUAGCCUAUUGUAUGUCAACCAGUAUUAGGCAUGAUACUUCUGCAAAUUCAGGUAUAAUGAGAAAAUUGGAAGAUAAAGAUUUUAGCAUUAAUAAAAAAUAUACUUUCCAAAUUGGUGGAACUGAAUUAACUCCCGCUGCAGAAUAUGAUUUUAAAUUUAAAGAUUAUUGUCCUGAUGUAUUUCGAAGUUUAAGAUCAACGUUUGGUAUUGAUCCAGGAGAUUAUUUAACUACAUUUGGAGAAUCAUUUUUAUUCAGUGAUUUAGUAACUCCCAGUAAAGCAGGUAAAUCAGGAGCUAUAUUUUUUUAUUCAUCCGAUUAUAGAUAUUUGAUUAAAACUAUUCAUCAUUCUGAACAUCGUCAAUUAAGAAGAAUUUUAAAACAUUAUUAUAAAUAUGUUAAAGAAAAUCCAAAUACUUUGAUUUCUCAAUUUUAUGGUUUACAUCGUAUUAAAAUGCCCUUUAGUGGUGGAUUUGCUAAACAUCAUUUUGUGGUGAUGAAUAAUUUAUUCCCUCCAUUUAGAGAUAUUCAUCUUAAAUAUGAUAUAAAAGGUUCAACAUUAGGUAGAAUUACCCGUAUAAAACAAAUUCGAAAAAGAAAUGAAGAAACUAAAAAAAUUGAAUAUGAAGAUGAUGAUUUAUCAAAAUAUACUUUAAAAGAUAUGAAUUUUUUAAAUCAAAAUGAAUUAAUUAAUUUUGGUCCUCAAAAGAAACAAAUAUUCUUUAAACAAUUAGAAUCAGAUGUCAAAUUUUUAAAAGAAGCCAAUGCAAUGGAUUAUUCAUUAUUAAUUGGAAUUCAUGAUACAAAAAAGGGUAAUAGUUUAGAAACCAAUCAAAAAUUAUCUAUCUUUGCUCCUGAAUUUGAUCAAGUUCAAGAUGAUCGACGGAAAUCAAUUAUUUUAUCCACCAUACCUAGAAAUGUAGAUCGUGAACAUGAUCUACCGACAAAUGUAUUCAAAGGUCGGUCGACAUUUGUAUUCUAUGGUCAUGAUGGUGGUAUUCGAUCAACCAAUGAAGAUAAUGAACCAAUGAGUGAGAUUUAUUAUCUUGGUAUCAUUGAUUGUUUAACCAAUUAUUCCCUUAAGAAACAUUUGGAAACGUUUUGGCGUUCGUUAGGUCAUUCAAGAAGUACAAUAUCAGCCUUACCAGCAGAUGAAUAUGGUCAAAGAUUCUUAAAAUUCAUUCGUAAGGGUACUGGUAAUCUAAAAAAGAACAAACAAGCUUAG